GGUUGCUCCGCUAGCUGCCGCUAGCCCGAUAUUUCCCUAUUUUGAUAAUGACAGCUUCUUUGUAGGCGACAGAGCGGCUUCAUCAUGAGGAGCUUUUUCUUAAUCGCUUUUCUGGCUCCUUGCUGGGUGAGCGGCGCAAUUAAGUCACGGAUUAUUCCGGAGGAGAGUCACGAAGAAAACCCGGAGUUUGACGCCCUGAACUCCCUCCUCUCGGACUAUGAGGUGCUGCCUCUGUCCGGCCUCCAGCUGCACUCUGUGAGGAAGAGGGACGUCCACACCCAGUCCCACCUGGAGCGGCUGGUGAGCUUCAGAGCCCUGCACAGGAAUUUCAAGCUCUACUUGACCACAAACACGGAUCUUUUCACCGAGAACUUCAAAGCUGUGUUUGUGGGCGAAGACGGCAGUGAGGAGAGCGUCGACGUGCCGCUUCAGAACUACUUCACGGGACACGUCGUCGGAGAGGAGAACUCUCGCGUGCAGGCGCAUAUCGACGGAGACGAGUUUUCUGCUCACAUUCUGACCGAUGAGGACGAAUACAACAUAGAGCCGCUGUGGAGGUUCGUCGACGCCCCGACGGACGGCAGGCUGCUGGUCUAUCGCUCUGACGACAUCAGGAACCUGAGCCGCAUCGCCUCCCCAAAAGUGUGCGGAUACAUCCACGCGGAGGCGCGGGACCUGCUGCCGCCGGCGGCCCGGGACCAGUCUGCGGGGCCGGAGGAGGCGGACCCGGAGAACGGACGCCACCGCAGAGAGAAGAGACGGGCGCACGACCACAAGAAGAACACCUGCCCGCUGCUGCUGGUCGCCGACUACCGCUUCUUCAAGCACAUGGGCCGUGAGCAGGAGAGCGUCACCCUCAACUACCUGAUUGAGCUGAUUGAUCGAGUCGACGACAUGUACAGAAACACCACUUGGGACGAUGAGUUUAAAGGCUACGGGGUGCAGAUCCACCAGAUCAUCAUAAACAAGGAGCCCACCAAGCCGCCGCCCGGCCACGCCGCCGCCGGCUGGGUCCACUACAACAUGGAGAACAGCCCCGUGAGGGGCAAGGAGGUGUGGGACGUCAAGAGGCUGCUGGAGCAAUUCAGCUCGGACAUCGCCGACAACGCUUCCACCGUGUGCCUGGCUCACCUCUUCACCUACCAGGACUUCGACGAGGGGACGCUGGGCCUGGCCUACGUGGCCCCCUCCAAGCCCCAGGCCCUGGGGGGCCUCUGCCCCAGACCGUACUACCCGUCUCACUCAGUGAAGAAGCCCAGCUACCUCAACACGGGCCUGACCAGCACCAAGAACUACGGCAAGACCAUCCUCACGAAGGAGGCUGACCUGGUGACCACUCACGAGCUGGGCCAUAACUUCGGCGCGGAGCACGACCCCGACAACAUCCCGUACUGCGCCCCCAGCGACGACCAGGGGGGGAAGUUCGUCAUGUACCCCAUCGCUGUGAGCGGCGACCACGUCAACAACAAGCGCUUCUCAAACUGCAGCAAGAUCUCUGUGGGGAAGACGCUGCGUUUCAAGGCGCCGGUCUGCUUCAAGGAGCGGAACAGCAAGGUGUGUGGGAACUCCAGGGUGGAGGAGGGGGAGGACUGCGACCCGGGCCUCCUCAACCUGAACACCGACAAAUGCUGCACCGCCGACUGCAAGUUCCUCGGCAACUCGCAGUGCAGUGACAGGAACAGCCCUUGCUGCAGGAACUGCAUGUUCGAGCGGGCGGGAGUGAGGUGCCAGGAGCCCAUCAGCGCCACCUGCAAAGGCAUCUCGUCCUGCACAGGGAACAGCAGCGUCUGUCCUCCUCCCGAAAAUGCGGCCGACAACACGGUGUGCGUCGACAACGGCCGGUGCCACAGCGGAGAGUGCCACCCGUUCUGCGAGGCCGUGCAGAACCUGCAGUCCUGCGCCUGCAACGAGACGGAGGACUCCUGUAAGGUCUGCUGCCGCGGGAAAGACGGAGCCUGCUCGCCCUUCAUCCAGGCCAACGGCAACUUCCUCUUCCUCCGCAAAGGGAAGCCCUGCACCGUGGGCUUCUGCGACGAGGGCGGCAAGUGCAUGAAGCAGGUCCAGGAUGUGAUCGAGAGGCUGUGGGACUUCAUCGACAAGCUGGACAUCAACACGUUCGGAAAGUUCUUGGCCGAUAACAUCGUGGGCUCGGUGGUGGUCUUCUCUCUCAUUUUCUGGAUUCCCCUCAGCAUCCUGGUUCACUGUGUGGACAAACGGCUGGACCAGCAGUACGAGGAGAACACCAAGUCCUUCUACUUCCCCCCCAGUCAGAUGGUGGAAGUGUGUAAUAGAGCUCCCUCCAUAGGGUCAGGAAAUGCUGAGCAACCUCGAGUCGGCGUCCGUCCGCAUCGUCAAGCCUCAUCCUCCUCAUCCUCCGUCCUCCUCCGCCGGCCGGACCGCGCCCUCCUGCCACCCCCCCCAGCCCAGCCAGGCCCCGCCCCCGGCCCCCGGCCCGAGCUGCGCCCCCACCCCGGACAGCGCCGGGCUGCGGAUGGCCACCAUCCAGGAGGACCCCAGCAGCGACUCUCACCCGGGAGAGGAGCCGCCGCCGGCCGACUCCACAACCGCCGCAGUCUGCUCGUCGGCUACGAGAUCCUCCUACGAGGAUCCGACCGAGCAGAGCCCGGCGGCCCGGGAGCGGCGGCGGCUGCAGAGGCAGGACUGCAUCGACAGUAGAGAGACGGAGUGCUGAGCGCCGGCCGGUCCGUCUCGUCUGUCCUGAACGUCUCCUCUCGGUUUCUGCAGAGGAUCUAACGUUCUCCACGGUUCAACUGUGAUCACUUCCCACCAACGGAAACACUGCUGUGUCUCAGAAUCGGUCAUCCACGCUGUUCCUUCCAUGACGUGAAACUCAGACGCCUUGAAUCUGCUCUUACUGCACUUCGAGUGUUUUUAGCAUCACUGGAGAAUUUAAGUUUUUUAAUGUUUGUACUGUUGAACGUGGAUUCCUCCUCAAACCACCAGCGUGUGUUUGAAGAGGGGACGUAGUGUUAUAAGUAUUAAAUCCAUUUUAUUUGUGCAGCUUGAACGGCGCCGUCAGCUUCACUGGUGUCUGACAUCGCUCUGUAAGAGACGUGGUGCCUUUCAGCGUCGUGCCUCACCGCUCCUCCCACUUAUUUCUGAGUAGAAAUACGAAGACGAAUGCCAGCAGCUGAGCUCGAACACACACUCUGGAUCAGUGUUUAGCUUCCUGUGUCUGAGCUGUGCGCUGCGUCUCCACACUGUUACUGCUUCCUCCUUCACUGCUAUCUAGAUGCAGAGCUGUAGGUCAAGAAGGAAUAAAGACGAUUGUACAGUAAAGCUUUAUUCUGCAGGGGGAGCGUCUCGUCAGAUGUGUACAUUUCUUUCUUUGCUCUUAAUUUGUUUUGUUUUUUAAAGUUUGUUCCUGAAGUUACCCGCACAGAUCUCAAAUAAAAAAAACCCUUUAUUGUG